AGUAACCAAACCCGUGGAACAGGGUGAUGAUGUUUGGAAUGAAACAGUGUUGGAAUAACUUUUACUUGUAACUAAUAUUUGUAUAACAUUGUCAAACGUGUCCAACGAGGGGGCGUUCAUGUACAAAGGGAAAUAUCUGACAAUAAAGGCAGUGAAACAGAGCGUUUGGAUCAGGGCAGUUUAGACAGGAUUGAAGCAGUGCUGUGAUGCUCUAUCCUGAGGGUGUUACAGAACGUUCUUUAAGAGGAUCUGAUUUAAUGGACAGAAAAGGACCAUAACAUGUCACCUUUAACAGAUAACAAUAGAAAACCUUACAGAAAAACCAACAGGCUUUAAUCACGUUCGGAAUCGUUUAAAAACUGAUCUAAUUUCCCUUGGUGUCAAACUGACCACAGGAGGCAGCAGUGGACCAGCAGCUCCUGGGUGUCUCUAAGCUAAAACCACAUAUUACCAAUAAAUUCUUGUGAAUUAUUCCGUUUUUAAGUUUGAUUCUGUUACUAAGGACUUUUGGUCUUAAUGUCAUAGGCUGCUGGUUUAAAAAAAAAACAGGGAAUGAAGAACUCAUCACUCGUCCAUUCACUGCCUGUUUAACCUAUGUGUUCAUGUUCAUGGUGCGUGCUCGUGGGCGUGUACGCGCGCUGGCGUGAGCAGCAGCAGCAGCAGCGGCGGCAGCGGCGGCGGCGGCAGAAAGGGCGGACCAUUUGGACUCGCUUAAAUCCACAGACUGCAGGAGCAGCAGCUUCACCAUCUCUUGGACCGACACACAACCUCAGACCAGAAGAUCUUCAGCCCGGUCCACAUCAGACCAGUCCCCACCAUAGCAGACCUGCUCCACCUCAGUGCCGGAGAUCGAUCCCUGAUCAGCAGGAUUUCAGGAUGACAAUCGAUGACUGAUCAGUGGAUGUGAUGCCCAUUUAUAUCAUCGACCGAAAAUUUCCCGACACAUCUGGUGAGUUUAUGCAGCGGGCAGGUGAAGGAGGAGACCUGACCAUGACGGAGAACAACUCCCCAAAGUCAGCAAAGAAGCCCCGUUGGACGUCUUUGGAGAUCGGUCUCAUCACCAUCGUCUCCUUGCUCUUCGUCAUCAUCGUAGCUCUAGUCAUACUGUUUGCCACACACAAGACAGGUGAAAUAUGUACCACAGCUGACUGCACCCAGGCAGCCUCUCGUCUCCUGGAGAACAUGGACAUGAGUGUGGAACCAUGUGACAACUUCUACCAGUACGCCUGUGGUGGCUGGCUGAAGAAGAACAUCAUCCCUGAGACCACCUCCAGAUACAGCACCUUCGACAUCCUCAGGGACGAGCUGGAGGUCAUCCUCAAAGGUGUCCUUGAAAAAACAGUGGAGGGAGAAGCAACUGCUCUGGUAAAGGCCAAGACUCUGUACAAGUCCUGCCUCAAUGAGAGUUUAGUUGAGCUCAGAGGAGGAGCUCCGCUGCUGGAGACACUGCCGGAUGUGAUGGACUGGCCAAUCGCUAUGGACGACUGGGAAUCCAACUACGGUCAAACCUGGAGGUUGGAAGAUGUCAUUGCUAAGCUGAACGAGAAAUAUGGAACUCAGCUCCUGGUGAACCUUUAUGUCAGCACCGAUGACAGAGACUCCAACUCAUACAUCAUUCAUUUUGACCAGCAGAACACUCUGGCCCUCCUGUCCAGAGAUUACUACUCCUGUACUGGACAGCACGCAGAGAAAUGCCAGGCCUAUGAGCAGUUCAUGGUUGACCUGGUGAAGCUGGUCCGCUCUGACCGGGGUCUGGAAGUCAACGAGAGCCGUAUCAGAGAGGAAGUGGUGCGCAUUAUAAACCUGGAGAAGGACAUUGCCAAUGCCACUGAUACUCCGGAGGAUCGGAACAACCCGGUGUUGAACUACAACAAGAUGAAACUGUUGGAUCUGAGCGCUAACUUCAGCCUGGAGGUGGAGUCACAGGUGUUUAACUGGAGCUACUUCACCUCCAGGAUCAUGGACUCGGUGAACAUCAGCGUUUCUGACUCUGAGAACAUCAUCAACUACGCUCCCAACUACUACAGGAGACUCAGCCUGGUGCUGCCCAAAUACACCAAGAGGGAUCUCCAGAACUACAUGGUUUGGCGUUUUGCCAUGAUGGUGGUGGAAAGUCUGAGCAGAAGCUACAGAGACACGAGGAAAUCCUUCCACAAGGUUCUGUACGGUACCACGUCAGAGGCUGCAGUGUGGAGACAGUGUGCUCUGUAUGUCAGCACCAAGAUGGAAAACGCCGUGGGUCGUCUCUACGUCCAGGAGGCUUUCUCUGAGAAGAGCAAAGAACUGAUGGAGGAGAUGAUCAGAGAAAUCAGAGAGGUGUUCAUCAAUAAUCUGCAAGAACUUACCUGGAUGGAUGAAGAGACCAAGAAGGCAGCAGAGGAGAAGGCCAGAGCCAUUCGACAGAGGAUCGGCUACUCUGAAAACAUCAUGAACGACAGCUACCUGAACAAUGAGUACAAAGAUCUCAACUACAGCGCAGAUGAACACUUUGAAAACUUCCUUCAGAAUCUAGAGUUUGUUCAGAAGAAACGCCUGCGAAAACUCAGAGUCAAGGUCAACAAAGACGAGUGGGUGACUGGAGCUGCUGUGGUCAACGCCUUCUACUCUGCCAGCACAAACCAAAUUGUCUUUCCUGCAGGAAUCCUCCAGCCUCCAUUCUUCAGUAAAGGUCAGCCCAAAUCUCUCAACUACGGAGGCAUCGGGAUGGUGAUUGGUCACGAGUUCACACACGGGUUUGAUGACAACGGACGUAACUAUGAUAAAGACGGAGACCUGAAGGACUGGUGGACUCCAGACUCAGCUCAGCGGUUACUGGAACUGUCCAAGUGCAUCGUGGACCAAUACAGCAACUUUACCUGGGAACUGGCCAAUGGAGUUAAUUUAAAUGGCAACAAUACACUGGGAGAAAACAUGGCCGAUAAUGGAGGGAUACGACAGGCCUAUCAGGCCUACAAGAACUUUAUGAAGAAGAAUGGAGAAGAAGCUCUGCUGCCUGGAAUAGAACUGAACCACAAUCAGCUCUUCUUCCUCAACUUCGCUCAGGUGUGGUGUGGAACACACAGACCGGAGCAGGCGGAGAAUUCUGUUAAAGUCGGUCUCCACAGUCCAGGGAAGUUCAGGGUUCUAGGUUCUCUUCAGAACUUCCCAGAGUUCGCCUCAGCAUUCAGCUGUAACCGCAGUAGCUUCAUGGUUCCAGAGAAGGUGUGUCGAGUGUGGUGAUGGAGCACAGGACAUUCUGUUUCCCUGCAGCAUCUCCAGGUCCAGCACAAGGUCCUGGUGCUGGAUUUGGCCCCUCGUCAUCGGUACCUCUCUUCUGUGAUGGUGACAGUGGACAGCACUCUUUCACAGCAGCGUGGAAGGUCUCAUCAGCACACGGCAGUGAAGACAAACCCAGCCUGACGCUGAUGCUGUAUAUCCUUUGAGAUUAUCCUUAAAUGAUUCUAGAUUUAUUUUUGGAUUAUCCUGGAAAUAUUCUGGAUUUAUUGGUCCACAGGUCAUUCUGAAAUCAACCUCAGAUUAUCUUCUAAUUCUGUCUGACUAAAAUGUAUUAUGUCUUCAACAAAAACUAUUCUAAGCUUAUUUCAAGGUUGUCAUGAUUGCCAGGAUUAUUUUACUAUCAAUAAGAAAUGAUCUGGAUUUAUUUCGAUAUAAUACUAAACUAAACUAUCAGUGAUUUAUUUUGGUAAAACUCUGACAUUACAUUGAAAUAAUUUUAUCAGGAUCAUACAUUUAUUUUAUCAUUAUCCUGAUAUUAGUCUGGCCUUUUUAAAGAUUAUGCAGACAUCAUCCUGGAUAUUUGUUUUAGUUUUUUAUUGUCCUUAUAGCAACCUGAAUUUACUUUCAGAUUCUGAAAUUGUCCUGUAUUUAUUUUUCAGAGAUCCUUGAUUCAUUUUGAGAUUGUCCAGAAAUAAUCCUUGAUUAAUUUUAUCAUUAAAUAUUCAUGGUUUUAUUUAUUAUUAUUUUAUUAUAAGAUUAUCCCUAGAUUUAUUUAAGAAUCGUCCUGAAAUGAUCCUGGAUUUAGUUUAAGAUUAUUCAGAAGCGAUCCUAACAUUAUCCGAGAUUAUCCUAAAUGACCCUGUAUUUUUAUUAAGGUAAUCUGGAGACGAUUCUGGAUUAAUUUAGAGAUGAUCCUGUAUUGAUCUUGAUUUUUUUUCAACAUAUUAUCCUGGAUUUAUUUUGAGUAUAUCCUGUAAUGAUUCUUGAUUUACUUUGAGAAUAUCCUGACAAUAUUCUUCAAUUUAUUUUAUGGGGAUCCUUCUUUUAGGAUUACCCAAAAAUGUCAAAUGAUUUAUUUUGAAAUUACACUCAAAAAAAAUCCUGGAUUUGAUUUCUUUUGAACACUCUGUAUAUAAAGAUAAUCCUGAAAUCUUUCUAGAUUGUUUUAGGUAAUCCUGAAAGGAUUCAGGGUUUAUUUUGAGGUUAGAUUGAAAUCAUUUGGAUUUAUUUCGAGUUAUCCUGAUAUUUCCCUGGAUUUGUGUGUGUGCGUCAGAGAGAUAAAAGCCUUCACAUCAAGUGUGACAGAAGCAGCAGUGACCUCAAACCAUGAAUCAUACACAGACUAAUGUUCAUUAAAUCUCAGUCAUUUGUUUUUUUGAUUUUACUUUUACUCUUUGCCCAGUAACACUUCAUAUAUUUGCUUUUAACAGCAAACAUAAUUGUCAUCAAAUCAAACAUCAACUGCUGUCAGGCCAUUAAGGCAUGAUAUGGGUUGUUCUAAAGGAACAAGUUCCCUUAGAGUCCAGCGCCACUUUUAAAACAUUAGAACAGAACCCAUCUGAACAUGGUUCUUUACACUAAAGAGCUGCAGCGCCCUUAGCCCCACCCACAAGUAAUCUUGUGGGUGUAGUGUAACACCGCCCAAAGAUGGCGCUGAUCCUGCUUCUGUUCUUUUUGUGACGGCUUUAUGUUAAAAGUAAAAUUGUGUACAGUUUUAUACACACACACACGUAUUCAUACACUUAAUUUUUCCACUAUAAUUUUACUCUAGAAAUUAAAAAAAAUGUUUUUGGGUUUAAACAUCAGUUUUUUCAUUUAUUGUAAAAAUUUAAACUGUUUAUUCACAGCAGCUCAGAGAAAGUAAAAUAAAUUAUAUCAAAUACUACAUUAGUUUACUGUUUCACCAAAUUCCGUAAAGUGAGGGUUUGAAUUCAUGAACGUGAGGUGAGACUUGUUUUUUCACUAUCUUGAGUUUUAGUCCAGCAGUGAAGAUUAAUUUUUUUCCUCGAUAUUUGUUUCUGGUGUUUUAUAACGAUGGCUGUGAAGUUUCAAAGUGAUUUAAUUCUUUCAUCUUUUAUCAGUUCAUCCUUCUGCUUCUAACUCAAAUCUCCACCUGUACAAAGACAGAUAUACCUCAGCUGCCUGUAUUUACUAUAUUUAGAUACUUUAUAAUAUAAAGAUAAUAAUCAUUAAAAUUUUGAUUUUUUUUUCUUUGGAAAUAAAUCUUUAAAUAAUGCUGUAAGUGUACUGUCAAUUUUGUGGGUUGUUUAUACAUGAAGUUUCAAAAUUGAAAUAAUUAAACCACAAUCUAAAAGAUAAUAAAAUACUUUUUGGUAAAAUUAAAUAUAUGAAAUCAUUUGUUAAUUGAAGUUUCACAAAAUGAAGUAAAUCCCACAGACUACUUUUCUUAAAAGUACAUUACAUUUAAAGGAGAAAUUACUUUUUAUAUUGUCCUUACUUUUCAUUAAUUGUUUUUAUAUUUAUUUCCUUUAUUUUGUUAUUCUUCAUUACCUAUGUUACCAAGUUACUUUUUGUUACUUUCUUUUCUUUACCUAAUUGUUUUCAUCAUUUUGUGAUACUUUAUAUCAUUACUUUUUGUUACUUGGUUACGUUUUGUUACUUACAUUUGUUGAAAACAUUUGGAAACUUUAUCAAAAUGUUACAAUAAAAUAAGUUGCAAGCUUUAUCAGAAAUGCACAAUAAAAAGUAAUGAACAAAAACGAAAAUUACAAGAGCAACAAAAAGUAUCAGUUAUGAAAGUACUGUGGAACCUCAAUUUAACGGACUACUGUGGGGUGGGCCGUCAAGAGACCGUGGCCUAAAAGCACCCAGUGCAGUACAAAAUACUGUAAAUAAAUGCAAAAACAUGAACCUAAAAUAAAUGACAUACCUAAAGUUGUACAAGUUCCACUUUUUAAAUGAACCUAAACUUACCUUGAAGCAUUGCUGUGAUGGUCUAACACUGCCGUGCUGCGAUCGUUUAGUGGGGCCUCAUUAACCCACAUUGCUCGUUAAGCAUGUGUGUUUUCUGCAGAUUUUGUCCGUUAAUCCAGAGUCCAUUGGUUCCGGGACCAAUAAAUCGAGGAUUUACUGUAAUGAAGUAACAAAAAGUUACAAAGUAAUGAGAUGUACAAAACCUUUGUCAUUUUUGCUACAUUCAUUAAUUACAUUACUGAAGAACAAAAGACAAAAGAUGUUUUUAAGUUUGUAGACGCACUUUAAUUCUAAAACAGAAGCUACACCUUCAGUAGCGGCACACAAUUAUAUGUACACAAUAUACACACACUCGCUCUCACACACACACACAUACCCAAACUUACCUAAAUCUGUUUAUAUAAAAUAGAUCAUCUGACAACAUUUGUACCUUUAAUUCAUCUUCAGUUUUUCCUGUCAACACAAACUCUUGUCCAGUUUUUUGUUCACUGUCCACAUUUUCCAACUGCAAAAACACUGAGUGGUUUUUAUUUUUUAGAAAAAAUAAGAUUCUAAAUGUCAGGAGUAAACACAUUUGUGUCCCGGCAGUCGCUCUUUAAAAUGCUUCCGGGAAUUUUCUGUUAUUUAUAAAAAGAUCUUUAAAAAAAUCCACAU